AUGGCCUGUUUGAAAAGUGUAUUCUCUGAGAAGAAGGCCCUGAGGGGAGAUGAAACUGUGGUGCUAACCAAGAAGUACAGUGCACUAGUGCAAAAGAAGCUACCGCAGAAAUCGUCAGAUCCCAGAAGCUUCUUGAUUCCCUGCACUAUAGGGACCAUCACAUUUGAAAAGGCAUUAUGCGACCUUGGAUCAAGCAUAAAUCUGAUGCCUCUCUCUGUAAUGAAGAAGUUGGGAAUCCAAGAGGUGCAGCUCACAAGGAUCUCACUGGAGAUGGUAGACAAGUCUCUAAAAAGGGCAUAUGGAGUGGUGGAGAACGUCCUUGUAAAGGUUGAAGACCUUUACCUCCCUGCAGACUUCUGA